CUAUAAUGCACGGAUUCUCCAAAAAAUAGCACAUUACAAUAUCGGAUACUCACAGGGGGCGGGGGCGGGUGCGAUUCGCAUGGGAUUCGCACGGGAUUCGCCACGUGGCGAAUCCCCCCAUUAAAGUUAAAAAAAAAUUCGGAUACGCGAAUCCCGUGCGUCAAAUUCGCGAAUCUGGUGUGAAUAGGGUGCACUGGGGGUUAAUUUGAAAAACUUCAAUUUUUGGGGGCUAUUUUGCAAUUUUUCAUUUUUUUCAAAUUCUCAAUUCUUUGCCCUACUCUCUCACGCUCUCUCAGAAUUCUCACUCUCGCACUCUCAGUCUCUCGCUCUCUCACCCAUCUCCGGCGACCGCCACCGCCAUCGUCUCCUCCGGCGACCGCCACCAGCCGCUGCCCAACACCACUGCCACGCCUCUCAUCCCUCUCUCUAUCGGCAGACGGCUCGGCAGAUAGAAGCGCCGCCCCGCGACGAUAGCAGCGGCGCCCGGUCGUCUCCGGCAGAGCGAUCAGCACCCCCCCUCACCUCACCACUCCCUCGGACCCUCGCUCUCUUGGUUUGUCAGCCGGGUAGCAUCGGCAAGAAGCAGGUGCUGCCAGCCAAUUCGUCCACAACUUCGUUACUUCUCUCAGGUAUUGUCUGCUCUUCAUUUGUGAAAUGGAUUCUUCAAGCUCUGUUCAUGCUGAUGGUGAUACAAAUGAAAAUGAUAAUGAGAAGGAGAGUUCUAGCUGUUGGCCUUUGUGGAAAUAUGUAGAGAAGCAAUCGAAAAUUGGUAAAGGGGGUGGAAAUACAAAAUUUAAAUGUAUGUAUUGUAAAAAUGUGUAUACUGGGUCUUACUCAAGAUUGAGGAAUCAUUUGUUGAAAAAUUCUGGUUUGGGAAUUGCCAUAUGCCAUAAAGCUACUGUUGCCAAUGUACUUGAGAUGUCAAAAAUGGAAGAACAAGCUUCUAGGAAAAGAGAUGCAGUUAAAAUUAAAGAUAUACCUUUGCCUCGCUCAGUUUGUGAUAGUGUUGGGUCUUUUUCUGUAACAAUGACUGAAGUAGAGCCCUCAUCAUUUAAGUUAGAAGGUUAUGAUCCUUUGAAAAAGAGGAAGAUUGUUGAUGGUCCUCUAGGAAAAGCUUUCAAUGCACAAGCUCGUGAGAUAUUAGAUGGUGAGAUUGCAAGGAUGUUCUACUCAGCUGGGCUUCCUUUUAACCUCGCUAAAAAUCCACACUUUAUUAAGUCUUACAGUUUGGCUGCCAAUAGUAAUGUUGCAGGUUAUAACCCUCCAGGUUACAAUGCACUAAGAACCAAGUUAUUGAAAAAAGAGAGGUCACAUCUUCAAACUUUGCUUGAAGCUACUAAAAGCACAUGGAAGUCGAAGGGAGUAACCAUAGUAUGUGAUGGUUGGACAGACCCUCAAAGAAGGCCUCUAAUCAAUUUUAUGGCCAUAAAUGAAGGUGGACCAAUGUUUAUUCGCGCGGUAAACUGUCAAGGUGAGUAUAAAGAUAAAUUUUUUAUCGCUACUUUGAUCAAGGAUGUCAUAACAGAGGUUAGUGUCCCUAAUGUUGUCCAAGUUAUAACAGAUAACGCCCCCGUUUGUAAAGCUGCUGGAAUGUUAGUUGAACAAGCAUAUCCUAGUGUAUUUUGGACUCCUUGUGUUGUGCAUACACUUAAUCUUGCUUUAAAGAAUAUUUGUGCUGCAAAAAAUACCGAGUCAAAUGAAAUCACAUAUGCGGAAUGUCGUUGGAUAAGUGAGAUUGCUGUUAGUGCUGUUAUGAUUAGGAACUUCAUAAUGAAUCAUUCCAUGAGACUUGCCAUGUUCACUGAGUUUUCUAAACUUAAAUUGCUUGUGGUUGCUGAAACUCGAUUUGCCUCGAUGAUUAUUAUGUUGAGAAGGUUUAGAGAUGUGAAAUGUCAAUUGCAAUCGAUGGUGAUAAGUGAACAAUGGUCUAUGUGUCGUGAGGAUAACAUUGAGAAAGCUAGAAUUGAGAAAGAAAAAUUGUUAGAUGAUGGCUGGUGGGAUUCAGUAGAUUAUAUUCUUCGUUUUACUGAGCCGAUUUAUUCGAUGUUGAGAAUUUGUGAUACGGAUAAACCUUGUCUGCACUUGGUUUAUGGGAUGUGGGAUACCAUGAUAGUUAAAGUGAAACGAGUUAUCUUUGAGCAUGAGAUGAAGAGUGACUUAGAGGAAUCCAGCUUUUGGAAUGUUGUAUGCAACGUGUUAGAGGACAGGUGGAGUAAAAGCAACACUCAAUUACAUUGCUUGGCUCAUGCCUUGAAUCCAAGGUGCAUUACAGAGGAUUGGAUAAAAGAGCAUCCGUAUCUUCAAACACCAAAUCACGAUGCAGAUAUUGUUAAAAUGACAAAAAAUUGUAUCAAACGUCUUUUUCCUGAUGCAGAAACACGAACAGCAGUAACACUAGAGUUUGCUAAUUUUUUUGGAUGCUUUGAAGAGUUUGGUGAUGAAGAUUCUAUACGAGAUAGAUUGAAGUUGGAUCCACUGAAAUGGUGGGUAGCUUAUGGUAUAGGAGCCCCACAUCUUCGACCUCUUGCUGUGAGAUUACUUGGUCAAGUUUCUUCCUCAUCAUGCUGUGAAAGGAAUUUGAGUACUUAUUCAUUCAUCCACUCUACAAAAAGAAAUCGGAUUACUGUAGAACGUGCUGAUGAUUUGGUCUAUGUACAUAGCAAUCUCCGUUUGCUAUCAAGAAGAGCUCCACAAUAUAUGAAAGGUGAAUCUCAGAUGUGGGAUGUGGCAGGGGAUGCAUUUGAUGCCAUGGAUGAUAUUGGAAUUCUUGGAAUUGCUAAUCUAUCUCUUGAUGAACCUGAGUUGGAGUCUAUAUUAUUUUGUGAUGAUGGAGAAGGAGAAGGACCAAGUAAUUCUUAGAAGUGGAAUGUUAAUAUCCUUGAUGUAGCAGUGGACGAGGAGGAUGAGGACGUGAAGGAUGAGUUGUAGGGCGUGACGAAUGAUGUUUUUAACAUGUAUAGGAGAUUCUAAUUUUACUCUUUCAUAUUUGUCAGCCCUUGAUGUAACAAUGCAUAGGAGAUUCUAAUGUUACUCUUUCAUUUUGGGAGGUUAAACUCGUUUUUGACUAAUGGGAUAACAUAAGAACUUUUGUUUGAUUAAU